AUUCUCAGUUGCUGUUGUGGUAGAAGCACCGGUAUUAAGAGCACCUCUAUGGGGUAGUGUCUAGCUAGAUAUUGACGUGGAAUAGUAAGUCGUAUACAGACGUAGAAAAAAAAAUAAACAAACUCAUAGUCGCUAGUACAACAGUGACAGGCUACUAAAGAAACUGGAUUGUAUCAGUUGAUAAGUCACCUCCACCAUGGGUGGCCUCAUCGCCAAGUACUGUCCUACGCGGUUUGGCCCCGCCGACGACAACGCGCCAGGGCGGAAGCUGGCCAAAUUCUGUCUACACGGCGAUGAACAGCUCGGGCAGGAUGCGCACGAGGCGCUCAAGAGUAGCAACCAAAUGUCCCUGAUAACCGACGACUUCGUAAGCGGCAUGGCGGACGGAAAGAUGAUAUCAAAUGCAAAAGUGUCUGGGUCUGGAAUUUUGCCGGGUUUGUCAUGCAGAUUUUGCAUGACCCAGAAUGUCUGUAAUGCAUGACCUAGCAUCACAGAUUUGUAGAGGGCUUCCGGAUGCCUAAUCCGCAUGACAAAUGCCCUCCCCGCGUAGCACAAACUAGACGCCUCUUGCUGAUCAUGCAAUACAGAUUUUUUUGGAGUCCGGAGGUAGCAUCACAAGCUCCAACCUUCCAGACCCAGACAUUUUUGCAUUUGAUAGAUGAUCGACGGAAACAUCAUGAUGACAUCCUUGAACGGGUUGUUUGACAAAGCGGAGGGGGAUGCGCAGCGAUGCCCGGUGAUGAUUGCACGGUACCUACACGACCACAAGGACACGAAGAGGAAGUUCGGGAACGACUCGAUGUAUUCCGUGCAGAAGUUAGGGGUAGCUCAGGAUACGCCCGACCAGGUCAUGACCGAUUGCUGGAACGAGUUAAAGCAGCUGGAUUUCCAGGGCGUGGAAAAGAAUUCGGACGGAUACCCACGAAAAAAACCAUCCCCACCCAAUUUGUCAUGCAAAACAUGAUGCACUAAGACUAAGUCCAAAUCAUUGUUUGUCAUGCAGAAAAUCGGUGAGGAUGGGUAUCUAUUUUUCCCUGCAUAACGGAACCGAAGCGAAGGAGGGCAUGCAGAGCGCAACCUCUUCGACGGGCAGAGCAGUAGGAGGUAUGAUGAAUCGGUUUCGCGGAAAUAAAGGCGGGGCCGCGAAGGGCUCUACCGAUUGGACGAGUUCAACAUCAGCUUCUGCGGCCGCGUUGGAAAUCGAGGGCGACGGUGUGACGAAGCAGAGCAGUAGUAAAAUAAACGAGGAGCAGCUCAUCGCAAGAAAAACACUUUCAUCUUCCUCUGAUGAAGAAAAAUCCUCGUCCACGGAAAGAACCCAGAUGAACAAGAAGAAACUACCGGGCGACAAGAAGGUUAAUGCGGACUACGAACAGAAACAACCAGCCACGUCCAGUGGCGGUCCCAGCACUUCUUCUAAACAUGGUCCCCCAGUUGUGGCAGCUGAUGUGGAAAAACAAAAACAACUGCAAUCUUCCUCUGCCCUCGAGAUCGUCGGGAUCCCAACCCCAGCAGCAUCUCCGGAAGAAAAGAAACCGGGUGGAGGAAAGAAGAAGAUGCUUCGACGGGAGGAGAAAAACAAGAAGAGCGAAGAAGAAAUCAAAGUGCCAGAAGAACACGUAAAAAUGGUUCCGUCUGAAGUAGAAGGAAAAUCAGUCUCUUCGUCUUUCCACAACUUCUUCUCCCGCCCAACAGCAAUUGCGCAGAAAAGCUUCGACCAAUUGGUUCCGUCCGUGAACGCGAUAAAUGUAUUCGCGCACGAGCACAAAUUCGAAGUCUUUUCCAUUGCCGGAAUCUUCCUGUUCUUCGUGUUGAAGCGAGUGCUGUGUGGUUCUUGUUUCAAGAAGUUGAGUAGCAAUAACAACUUUUCCGGAGGAGAGGACCAGCAAAAGUGGCACCUGAUCAACGUGGUUCGCGGGGGUUUUCUUCCGCUACCAGCUUAUGGCGCCUUAAACAGCAGCAGCAGCAGUAGUUCUUUCGGCGCGGAUGAAUUCGAGGAAGACUUGAGCUCCAUGGUGGACGAGGACGAUUUAGAUUUUAUGCGUUGCAAAAGCAACUGUAACGCUCCUGCUGUAUAAAUUGCAUGACAAAUUGUGGCAAGAAGAAAAGUGUAACUUGUAGUGUUGUUUUGCCUUGGAAUGAAGAUUUGUCAUGCGUACUUAUUUGCAAUUAGUACGAGUGCGAUACUUUUGCACAGCAUAGAUUUAGAAAAUCAGCAAUUUUACUCCAGCAGUGGUUGCAGUACUGCGAGCUCGACCAGGAGCGGCGGUCAUGGAGCUCCUCGGGGGACGAACUACUACAACUCUUCUUCUUCUUCUGCCUUUAUUUCCGACAAAAAUAAUACCAGCCCAAACUCGUCCUCGCGUCCAAGUUCCGCCGUCAUCCGGGGCACCACGAUCGGGGUGGGGAAGUUGAGUCGUGCUGGGGAGAAGGAUUUGUUUCUCGUCGCUGGUGGUUUGUCAGGAACAAGUGAUGCAUACAAUUUGCAAGAACAACGCCAGGACCACGCAGCUGUGGCAACAUCCUCUCUAGACCGGUGGAUUUCGGACGAGGACUCCAUUUCCAGCCUCGAUUACCAGUUUUACGACAAAGAGACCGUCUGCUACUACGCGGACAAGGCAACGGGCAGGAUGGACAAGAACGCAUCUACGGUCUAGAAAGAAAUCCCUAUAUUUUUCCAGCAGGAGCAGGAGGUGCGAGGGCAUAAAUUAUUUCUAAAUCACGAGAAUAAAGAAGGGGUAGGACAACAAGAUCGGUCCAUGCAAAAAUAAGUGGCCCGACGCCAGGAAGUAAUUCCAGGGAUCAAUCUCAGGAUGCAAAUAAACCUAGUUUCUAGAGGUAGAGAGCAUUGUGGUGGAUUUAAAGAAUGGCUUCUGUUUAUCUACUUGUGAGCAAAUCCACUCUAUGUGUUGAGCAGCGUUAGUACCCGGUUUCAAAAAACUUGCUUCAAUUUUCGAUUGCAGAUUAUUUCUAAACGACGUUUCUAUUCUCUUGUAAACACGAAAAUUAAUAUCAGAAAAUUUUCUACCCUUUAUCACGUUUUAUGCUUUCAGUUGUAAUUGUAUACUCCAUCCUCAGCUCCUCACCAGCGCACUAGUAAGAUAGAAAUGCAAUUAAAAAGCAGGACCCUGUUAUUACCAACUGUACCUGUAGCCAAAAGUAAGAUGAAAUUCAGCCUGCGCGUGGUACAAACUUGUGAAAGUUCAAAAUCUAAAUUUGAUGAAUGAUAAAGACAAUUGUGACAACAGCCUGUACACCAAAAUGUAGAUGACCGAAGCGAAAAUGUUGAAAAUAGUGGCGAGGAUCAAGAUGCCUAGUCAUGUGCUAGGUAUGAAUGUGUAAUCUCUUGAUGGUCUUUUUCACAGCGUUCGAAAUGCAAUGAGAGAGAUGCACGACGAGGAUGGUACAGCUCGAUCGGUCUU